AUGAAACUCCUCAAUCUCUUCAAGCUUGUGUCCCUAUCUGCCUCAGUCCUUGUAGUAACUACACCUGCUGCAAGCCUGCCAGAGAAUGGGACCUACUACAUCUGGAAUUCAGAAAACAAGGCUGUAAUGGACAACAAAGACGGAAUCAUUGCAUUUGGAAACCCUAUCAUUGGUUGGAACUAUCAGCAGCCUGUCCGGCCACAACAGCAAGUAAUUGUUAAAUACACUAGUGAUAAUACGGCAACAUUGCAAAUUCUAGAGAUUGCCCAAGUUGCCCCUCAACUUGGAGGCUAUAUCAACAUUUACGAUGGGUAUGUUGUGUUGGGUCAGGAACCCCAGAAAUGGACUAUUGAGCCUGUUUCUGGCCAGUUAGGCAACUACUACAUUGUCCAGAACCAGGCAGCUAUCCGCUAUUCAAAACAAGCUGCUACAGAUGGUGAUGAAUUUCAGCUUACAAUUAGUAACAUUGCCGAGGCAAAUAGUGGUGCAUACUGGCAGUUCAAUACACCCUAUGAUAUGGACAAGGUUGUUAGUGCUUGA